AUGUCGACGUACAAUUAUCAUGAGCUCGCCGCUGGCGAAGAGACUCGGCUGGUGCGCUUGAAGCCGGCAAAGGAGUUGAAGGACGAAUUGGUGUGUGAGCUGAUCAAUGUCUCUCUUGAUUCGAUGCCGGAGUUUGAUGCAUUAUCUUAUGUCUGGAAAAACUCGGCUCACCGAACCACCGACGAGAUGACCGAGGAGGAGAAAGAGAGAAAAUGUUCCGCUGUCACGUACGAUGGGGAGAACGCCAUCAACUAUUCAUUGACCUGGGAAGAAUUGGGGCGAUCAGAAGUGGAUGAACUCUGCGGAAUGUACUAUCAACUCGGCGGUGAAAGAGCGGAUGGAACAAUUCUGCUCGACGGGUAUGCCUUCAAAGUUGGCUUUGAGUUAGAAGAAGCAAUGCGUCGCCUUCGCUAUGACGACCGUGAUCGGCUGGUAUGGAUCGAUGCGCUUUGUAUUAACCAAACAGACAUGAUAGAGAGGAACGUCCACGUCAAGAAGAUGGGACAAAUAUAUGGUCUUGCUGAUACGGUGGUGAUUUGGCUUGGGGAGUACGUGCCAGAGCCACAUCUUGCACUGGGUGUACUAGACUUACUGAACAAGAAGCUUCCUGCCUUCAUUAGCGCAGCUGAACAAAUUGCACACGGUUCUGUCAAAGACGCCUUUCUUAACGACCGAGAUAUCCGCAAAGCAUACUGGGAUCAAUUCGCUCAGUUUCUUCGGCGCGCCUGGUUCAAUCGUGUUUGGGUGCUACAGGAAGUGGUCAACGCCAAAACAGCUGUUGUCUAUGCCGCUCACUUUCAACUUACAUGGGAUUAUUUCUCGGGAAUUAUAAAUUGGCUCCGUGAAAACGGUUGUGAGACACCACUCUUAGCCGGCGGUAGUCUUGCCUGCAUUCCGACAAUUCAAAUGAUUAUUCGUUUAUCUCAUUUGAAAAAGAACGCCAAAACAUGUCGGCUACCACGUCUUAUUGAUAUUUUGCAGGAUUCUAGAUCUACAAAAAGCACAUAUCCAAUUGAUAAGGUUUAUGGUGUUCUGGGCCUUAUUUCCGAGCAAGAAGCUUCGACAAUUGAGGUUGAUUACAAUCUCGACGCAAGAGAACUUUAUACCAAGAUUGCGACGGCAGAAUUAAUGAAAGGCCUCGAUGUGUUGGGUUUCUGCACAAAACCAGAAAAGCCUUCGGAUCUCAGUUGUCCUUCUUGGGUGCCUGAUUGGACGCAGCAAUGUUACCACUUUCCUUUUAGCAGACUACGAAGUAGAGUGCGAGGCCGUGCUGCUGGAGAUUCAGUCCCGCGGUUCCAAAUCGAGGGCAAAAUCCUGGAGAUAACUGGUAGGAUUGUGGAUACAAUUGAGGCUGUGGAGCCUUAUCGUGAAAUACCCAAGGGAUCCAAACCAGGGGAACUGAAGCUAAACAACCCAGAGAGAUUCUUCAAUACCGAAACUGUUGAGAAACCCGAGAGAUUUUCCGUCGAGACAAUGUUUCUUGAUCAUCUGGGGAACUACUAUGCUCUAUCUAUAAGAUGGCUACAGAGCGCCAUUUCGAUCGCAUUUCCUACCGGAGAAAUGACUGAGGACUCAUACGAUGCGCUGUGGAGGACUUUUUGCUGGAACACAACAACGAAGGGGACACCCAUUCCCGACGAUUAUGUGGAUUAUUUCUCCGCCUGGGUGAAAGCCAUUAUCCAAACAGAAGACGGUACAAUGCUUGAUACGGUGAAGUGGACUGCCGAAGACAUCCUAAGGACAAGGCGAUUUGAUGAAGUGUUUGGCACCAAGUGCUUCAAUCGUCGAUUUUACCGAAGCGAAGAGGGUCGAUUUGGAUGGUGUCCCGACCAGUCCACAGCGGGCGAUAAGGUCUGUAUUCUGAACGGAGCACCCGUCCCCUUUGUCAUAAGACCGACAGAAUCAGGCUCGUUCGAGCUAAUUGGAGAUGCCUAUCUUCAUGGCAUUAUGGAUGGAGAGGCGAUGGAUCUUGAGGAAGUGGGAAUCCGCCUGGUAUAG